UCUGGUGGUAGUAUUACGAACUUCCGCCUGGAGAACCCGUGCCAGUGGUCUGCCCGAAGAUUGACAUUCAACAUGUUUUCGUACGGCUCUAAACGAUUAUCUAACCUGAUUGUGAAUGGAAUUAAACGUUUUAAUAGUACACUAGUAAUUGCUGAACAUGAUAAUGCCAAUCUUUCAGGGGUUACACUAAAUGCAAUUACUGCUGCAUCAAAAUUCGGAGGAGAUGUAACAUGUCUGGUGGCUGGUGAGAAGACUGCAUCAGUUGUAGAACAGCUCAGCAAAGUCAAGGGUGUGUCAAAAAUACUUGUAGCUGAAAAUGAAGCAUUUAAGGGCAUGUUGGCCGAGUCGAUAGCACCGCUCGUCGUGUCCAGCCAGAAUCAGUUCAAGUUCACUCACAUUGUCGCCGCGGGUUCCGCCACCGGCAAGAACCUUAUUCCGCGCGUAGCCGCCAAGCUCGACGUCUCGCCCAUCUCCGACAUCAUCGGCAUCGAGGACCAUGAGACGUUUGUACGAACGAUCUACGCCGGCAACGCGGUCACCACUGUCCGCUGCAAGGAUGCCGUCAAGGUGCUCACCGUGAGAGGAACCUCGUUCGAGGCAGCAGAGACAGAAGGUGGCUCUGCUUCUUCUGAGCAGUUUGCGGGCGAUGGUAGUAGUAAUGAAUUGAGCCAAUGGGAGUCUGCGGACCUAAGUACAAGCGACCGGCCCGAGUUGACUUCUGCCAAGAUCGUCAUAUCUGGAGGUCGUGGCAUGAAGAACGGAGAUAACUUCCAGCUGUUGUACACCCUUGCGGACAAGUGGGGAGCAGCAGUGGGAGCAUCACGAGCAGCUGUCGACGCUGGCAUGGUGCCAAACGACAUGCAGGUUGGUCAAACGGGAAAGAUCGUUGCACCAGAGUUGUAUGUGGCUGUUGGCAUCUCUGGAGCCAUCCAGCACCUGGCAGGUAUGAAGGAUAGCAAGACUAUUGUAGCCAUCAACAAAGACCCCGAGGCACCCAUCUUCCAGGUGGCUGAUCUCGGCUUGGUUGCAGACCUCUUCAAAGCAAUUCCGGAGAUGACAGAACUUUGUAACAAGUAGGAACUAUUAAAGAUGACACCAUUUUCUAACAAAAAUGUUCAUCACAAAUUUUUUUGCAUGAUCUAUCGAGAGCUAGUUGUUACAAGUAAAGAAAAUUUGAAAGAUAUUCAGAAAACAGGACUUGUAAUGUGUAAAAUUACAAGACAAUUGGUGCAAGACCUUCAAAAAGUUCAUUAGUGGGUUUAUACAAGCUCCUGUUCUGUGAUUGUGGCCACUCUGAUAUUUCAGAUCGUUUAAAGUGUUAGAAUGUUGUUAUGUUAUAUCUUUGUAUGUAUUUACUGUCUGAGAUGGCAUAAGCCUGCUGUCUAUUUAUGAAACAUGCACACAAAGUAAAACUAAUAGCAACAUUUCUUGUGGGUGUGAUUUGGUAAACAGGAGAGCCAGCAAGCUGUAGUGUAAUGUGAAAACGUAAUGUAAUACUAUUAAAAAUAAAAACGUUUAUCCUAU